UCUUUAAUUUUUCUUUACUACUCUUUUGAACCCAAUAUAACAUCCAUUUUCUCAUUGCUAAAACAUCAAAUCUCUUAGUUAAUUUUUUUAUUUAUUUAUGAAAAAGAACUCUACUUCAUGAUAUGAUAUGACACUUUUCUCUGUCAUUAAACUAGCAUCCUAGCUAGUUACCACAUUCAAUCAACUCAAACAACAAUCCACACCUUUUGAAGUUUCUACAUGGCUCAACAGGAAGAGGGAGGAUGGCCUUUGGGAUUACAGCCUUUAAAUGUAAGAGCAAGAAACCAUGAUUACUCAGGAUCAAUCUCAUGCAACACUUUGCUUAGUGGUUCUCCUACUUUAACCUCAGAUUCAUCUUCAGAUUUAGAUACACAGUCCACAGGGUCCUUUUUUCAUGACAAAAGUAUCACAUUAGGGAACCUCUUGGGUGUUUCAAGCAUUGUAGAGCUCUCAAGACGAUCGUUAAGAGGUAGAAGAAGGGUCGUUUCUGAAACCAUAACUUUGGGACAUGACAAGAGAUCAAACCACCCUAAAUCAAGAACAACAUGGUGUUUCAAAUUUUGUUUGUGCCCGAGAGACAGCAUUGAUAUCGACAUAGCUAGAAACAACACUGUUCCCCUAGGCCAUUUUCUUGAAGUGGAAAGGAGAGCCGCUCACAUGAACAGGCGAGGUCAACAGAGUCCAUUAAUUUAUGGACCGGAUGAGAUCGCCCUGGCCCAACCUUUUGGAGAGCUAUCAAAUUCAUUGUUUGUGGACGGACAGAUUGCUCCUCCAACCAAAUCAAGCCCCGGGCCUGGUUUGGAUCCUAAUGGAAGGAAAGAAGGUAGAAGAUUAAGAAAUCCAUGUUUCUGAAAGCCUAGUUUCUUUCUUAUCAAUGUUAAUUAAUUAAAAUGUUGGAUUCACUUUAUGAAGAACCUGUCAUAUAAUUGUUAUUCAUAAUUCAUAGUAUUGGUUUUUGAUGCA